AUGGCUCUCGCCGGUAGGCUGCUGAUCCUCCUCGCCGUCGCCAUGGCCAAGCACGAGGUGCUGGCUCGAGGAUCCGACGAGCAUGACGACAAUGUGUACAAAGUGAGCAAGGGAGGACCGGGCAGUAUCAAAAGCUACCAGUGCUCGCCGGAGUGCACGCGGCGGUGCGGGAACACGCAGUACAGGAAGCCGUGCCUCUUCUUCUGCAACAAGUGCUACAACACCUGCCUGUGCGUGCCGUCGGGAUACUACGGCAACAAGGGCGAGUGCCCCUGCUACAACAACUGGAAGACCAAGCGCGGUGGGCCCAAGUGCUCCUGAGAGCCAUCUCAAGGCGUGCAUAAACGUAACGUCCUGAAGAUUAACAGAGGCAGGCGUACUCCAAACAGAGAGAUCUUACGAUCCUCCUCGAUGUAAUCGAGAGCAUCGCCACACCUGCUCACAUAACGUAGUAUUGUUGUGCCA